AUGGCAUCAUCGAUUCCAACAUUUGCAACACUAAUUUCAGUUGAUAGAUUUCGUGAACUAGUCAAUAAACAUUUUGAAAAAGAAAUUAACGAGAAUGAACUAUAUGAUCUACAUGAUAUUCAACGUUUCAAUGAAGUCGAUGAAUAUACAUUAAUGUAUGUUCAACAUGGACAAUUUGGUCCAGAUUUCGAUGCAGAUCGAGCACUUCAAAUUUUUAAUAUAUCAAUGAGUUGGAGAAAAAGUCAUAAUGUUUAUGACGUCUCAACAAAUGAAUUUCCGGCCGAUUAUUUCGAUCGCAAUGGAAUCUAUUUUAAAAAUCGUGACAUGAGCAAUUAUCCACUACUUCAUUUUGAUGUUCGAACAUUUAAGAAAGGUCAAGAAGAUAAUGAAGCUGUGAAACGUUUUAUAACAUAUACUUUUGAAAGACAUAUUCGACGUCAUCCAGGUGAAAAAAUUGUUAUUCUUUUUGAUUUAAGUGAAACUGGUCUCAGAAAUCUAGAUUUGGAUUUAGUCAAAUUUAUUAUUAGUUCUGUGCAAAUUGGUUACCCAGGAUUAUUAGCUUAUAUGAUGAUUUAUAAAAUGCCAUUUAUUUUGCAAGCUGUAUGGAGACUAAUUCGUUCGUGGUUGCCCGCUGAAGCAGAACAAUUUAUUAAAUUCGUCGAUGCUAAAUCGAUCACACAGUAUGUGCAACCCGAUCAAUUGUCAAUAGCAAUGGGCGGCAAUGAUACAACAAAUUAUGUUCAUCUUCAUGAUCCAAUAAACGAAGCUGUUGAAGAUUCAAUGAAUGCAAGUUUAAAGAAAAAAGUUACUUUUGCUGAUAGUAAUUCACUUGAUAUACCCCUUUCAUCAUCACCAACAGAAUCAAUAAUAACAACUGACAAUAUACCAAAGAUUGAUUCACCAUCUCAUGAUGAACUACUAACACCAGAAGAAUCUAAUCAUUCCACAUCUACGUCUGAUUCAUGUCACAUAGUGUCUCGAAAAUCCAUUCUACAAAAACCAAAUUUAGUAAAUGGAUGUAUGGGUGAAGAAAAAGUUUAUCAUGGACUUGGAAUAAGACCAUAUGAUGAAAUGAUCUUUGAACGAAUAGAUCCUUUAUCACAAGGAACAAGUGAUUGUGUUCAAACAUUACAAUUAACAAAUAUGGGUGAUAAAAUUUUAACAUUUAAAAUUAAAACAACAUCACCUGAUAAAUUUCGUGUUAAACCCGGUUGUAGUCUUUUACAUCCAGGUGCAAAAACUACUGUUUCUGUUUAUUUAUUAAAAGCGUAUUGUACACCAACAAAUAAUAUUAAUAAGGAAAAAUUUUUAAUUAUAUGGACAUUAAUUGGUCAUGAAUUAAAACAAGCACAAUUAAUUGAAUUUUGGAAAACUGUACCGAAUUCGGUGCUUUAUGAACAUAGAUUGAGAUGUUCACUAAGUAAUAAACCAACAUCUGUCACAUCUAUAAAUCAAUCAAAUGAAAUACAUUCUUUACAUUCAUCUAUUUCGUCUGAUCCGUCAAUUGUUGCAAUGCAAAAUAUAUUAAAAGAUUCGAUUACAUUACAAAAAACAACUAUAGCAGAAACUGCAAGAGAACUUAAACAAAUUCGGUAUCUUCUAUUAAUAAUAUUUGUACUUCUAUUUCUUGUCCUAUUAUUGGAUGUGCAUAAAUAUUUUUUUUCUUUUUCGUCAUCAUCAUCAUCAUCAUCUGUAAAAAGUGAUUUGUGA